CUGCUCUUGCCACUGACGUGUACGCAAUGCGAGCAUGGCGCUGGGUCGUAGUAUACGUUGCUCAGUAUUUCUAGUCUCAACACUCAUCCUAGAUAAUAUUAGCGUCGCAUUCGCGUCUCCCAGUCACAAAUGGUGCGUCGACCCCGACUGCAAAAGUAAGCUCGGCGUUGGAUUGUCGGUGCAGAACUACACUCCCGGCGAUGAGUCGCGCAUCGCACUGCCCACAAACGCAGAGGUGCACGUCUACGCCGAACUCGAUGAACUCUGGGAAGUCGAGUACCUUGCAAAGCGUGGCUUUGUUCCCAAGCAUGUCAUCAAGAUACAGAAGCAGACCAAGUACAAGAAAGAUCUUGUGAAGGUGCAGGUCGAGAAGGUCGGCAAUGUGGUCUCAUCAUUGGUCGAGUCGGACAUCUAUGGCACCACUGCUGCGGCUGACCAACCUGUUGCUACACCACUGGUGGUACCUGCCGAGAAAAGCUGCCUCUUCUAUAGGACAACCAUGUUUGGUGAAAUAUGUGACGAUAAGGACGCUACUCCGCUCUCCCCCACCACAAGCUCAUUGUUUGACUCUAAUCACGGCACUGUCUCCGCAUCCACAACAGAACAGCCCGUUUCCACGACAACGUCCACCUGGCAAAGUACCUCUACAGCAUUGCCAGGUCUUGCCGUGCCUCCUCAGUCCUCGGAACUUCCCAUGGGCAAAGUGAUGACUCCUGCUAUGGGCUCUGAGCAGCUCAGCAACGACACCCAGUUCGCAAACUUCACAGCAGGAGACGUCAGCGAGAAUCUAGUCGUUGACUCAACACUAAAUCAAAAGACAGAGUCAGAGCAACAGUUGCAGAAAAAGUCGGAGGUGAAGACGGAGCCAGAGCCACAGGAACGAUCACAAUCACUGGAUAAACAGGCAAACACAGUGCAGUCAGAGCCACAAGAGCAGCCCCAGUUGGAGACUGAUCCAAAGUCACAAGAUCAGACUGCAUCGGAAGAGGAGGAGGUGGCAGUGGAGGUGGAGGAUGAGGAUGGAGAAGGUACCAGCACCAAGCCGAUUCCAGGAGAACCUCGAGAAGAUGAUGAAGAUGUGGAGACUGAUGAUGCUGAAGACUCGGCAGAAGGCGAAGGGCUCAAGGCAAGUUCCUCAGGGGUUGAAGACACAGGAAAGGGAAACAAUGUCUCCAGUUUAGCACUCGGUGACGUGGAAUCUGACCUCACCAUCGCCCCAAACAAUCAACUGCGGGCUGGGGCUUCUGACCUGCCGCAGGAGGCAGCCCUCCUUGCUCCUGAGGACCAGACAACCGAAUCUCUGGGCGCCCCUGUCCAGUCCAUAUCACGUACCGUGUCAGUUGCAUCUGCCAGUUUUGAAUCGCUUGCUUUAGAUUCCACGACUCCCAAGGCUUCUGUUGCAGAUGUGACUCUUCCAGAAAAGGAAGCUCAAGAGCCCCUGGAUGAUUUGGCAGUUUCAUCGUCAACCGCUGUCUUAUCAACGGCUCAUUCGACCCCGCUGCAUAGUUCGGACGAAUCUCCACCGGAGUCCAGCGUGACAUCUUCCAGCCGGUCAGAGCUGAUGAAGGACACAUCCCUGGGACUGACCGAAUUGUUUGGGUCCCCUUCCUUUAUCUCCCAGGGAGGUACUCUCAGAGAGAUCUCCCAGAGAGAUACUCCUGUACCGGAAGUUACCGAGAGCACACAAGCCGCCAUCCAGGAAUCCACAUUGCACUCGGAUGCCUUGGGAGAGACGCAGAGCCCUUCUGCUUCCAGUGCAUCGUCUUCCACUGGGACCUGGGGACAGUCCACCAAGGUCUUAAACGCUUCCUUGGAAUCGGCUGCUGCAGUGGAUGAGGUGCAGCUUCAAUCUUCCGUUACUGUGGGUACAGAAGGAGCCAAUCAAGAGGCCGUUUCUGCUGUGCUUGGGAAAAGCAGUAACAUUCCGCCGAGUGGCCUGAAGGGCCCCAUUUCUGAGGGUGAUGCUGGUUUGGUCAGUUCAGUCACAGAGAGUGUUGUGCCAAGUGCUGUAGAUAAGGUCACUACUCAGAGCUCAUUAUCAGGAGCUGCUAUGUCAACUCCAAGUUCUGUCAAUGAGGCCCACACGAUGACACCUCAAAAGAGAGUGCUCCUGCAAGAACCUGGCUCACAGCCAGCGGCUAUGCCACCUCUCAACCUGGGGUCUUCCAGUCCUGGCUUGACUCAAACUACAGGACGAGUGCCUUCAACUGAAAGCUUAGAGAAGCAAGCUUCCUUAAGCAACAAGGAGGAGCAGACGGCAUCAGUGACUUUGCCUUCAACCACAAUCGGAAGUAUAUUUGCAGAAGUGCCUACUCCAGAGCCAUCUGCUCCAGAUCUGUCUGCUCUGGGGUCAUCUGCUCCGGGGUCAUCCGCUUCAGGGUCAUCUGCUUCAGGGUCGUCUGCUGCAGAAUCGUCUGCUCCAGAGCUGUCUGCCGUUGACUCGUCUGCCCUGGACCUGCCGGCUCCAGGGUCGACUGCUACAGAGUCGUCUGUUCCAGAAGCAGCCGCUUUGAAAGCAUCUGCUCCGGAGACAUCUGCUCCUGGAGCUUUGAGGGAUGCUUCCAGUGCCGAGAAAGUGCCUGUGGAGUCCCAAGAGGACCAAAAGCCAGCCUUGGACCUCUACUGGGCCAUGGCCAGGGAGUAUGUCUUUUGGAUGCUUGCACUGAUUCCCGAGCCUCUUCAGGCAGCGGUGGAAGGAUUGCUUCCAACGUCAUCCUCCCAGCCUGGAUCCCUGACCUUGAUCCUGCUGUGCGGCCUGCUGGGAUUCAGCGUGUUGACGCUUUACAUGCACGCAUGCUAUGUGCACCGCAGGAAGGAGUCGUCUCUGACAGGCAAAAUCUCCAGCCUGGAGCAGAGGCUCUUCACCCUUGUCACCGAGAAGCAGGUGCUCACGGAGCAGCUGGAGCAAGCACGCUCACAGGCGGAGACGGCUCGCAGCGAGUUGCAGGAACGGGAGCGGCGAGUGAAGACCCUCCAGGAAGAGGGAGAGGAACUGGAGUCGUGCCAGCGCGAGCGUGACAAGGUCGUGCGCGAGCUGAGGGCCACGCUGUCGGAACGGACGGAGCAGCUCGAGGCCACUCAGAAGCUGCUGGCUGAAAAGGAGUGUCUGAUCACAGAGCUAGAGGUUGAUGCAGAGUGGCAGGCCUCCCUCGAGGAGAAGCUGAGAGAGGCGACGGAGGAGCGCUUGGCCUGGGAGGAGAGGGCGGAGGAGGCCCGGGCGUCGGAGAAGCAGCUGGAGACGCGUCUCGCCGAGGCCACGCUUACGGGAGACCACCUCUGGAAGGAGCUGGACGCCGUCAAGCAACGGGAGCAGUCACUAUCUGCUGAUCUAGAAGCGAUCACCCAAGACGCCGCCAAGAUUGCACAGCAAGUGUCGGACAAGGAGGCCGAACUCCAGGCCCUCCUGAGGACGGUGGAGCAGAUCCGAAUCCUGCAGCACCACUGGGAGUCCCAGGACGACAAGACGCAGGUGGAGGAACGCCUCAAGGAGCUCAUGGACCUGGCCCAGGUGCGGCAGGAUCGGGAGCAGGCGAGAGAACUUCAGCAGGACUUGGAAGCUCGUCUGGAGGCUCAGAAGCGGCACUUGGACGCCAAGGAAGCGGAGCUGACUUACCUGCGUGCGGAACUAGUGGAGAGCGUGCGUGCACGCGACGAGGCGCAACAGGAGAGCAGGGAGGCCGUGACGAAGCUGGAGGUUCUCUCCUCCUACUUCAAGGAGAGGGAGCUGAAGCUGCAGAGGGAGAUAGGGGUGCAGGAAGUGCAGCGCCAGCAGAAGGAAGCGGACGUGGGCUCUGCCACGCAGCGCCUUGCAAUGCUCGAGCAGCAGAAUGCAUCUUACCGCUCCCAGCUGGCGAGUCUGAAGCAGGAGAUGGAGGUGUCGGAGCGGAACUACAAGAACCAGCUGACGGAGCAGGAGAAGAGGGCCCACGAGAACUGGCUGGCAGCGAGGGCAGCUGAGCGCAAGUUAGAGGACGCCAACAGGGAGACUGCAAAUCUGCGACAGAGGCUAACCUUGCUCGAGAGGGAGCAGAUGAUGAACAGUUUUGGGCCGCCGCCGCCGCCACCCGGGGACAUUGAGCACGUGCAUGGGGACACUAUGCCGGAGGGGCUGACCCAGCCGCCGCUACCCCACGGCCUGCUGCCGCCCCCCCCGCCCCUGGGGAGGCUGGGGGGUCCCCCCCUUCCUCCACCCCCCCUGCACCCCAUGAUGGGGCCCCCCAUGUUUCCCCCGUUCCCCCCGCCGCCCCCAGAACUGCUCAAGAGGCUCAGGCCCAGCCCGGGCUCCUUCAGGGAGGACUCUCCGUCUCCACGGUCAAGGGACUCCAGGGGCUCCCCUCCCCCCCUUCCCCACUUCCUGGACCCCCGGGGCGGACCGCCCUUUCUGCCGCGGCCAGUGCGCAGCCACCAGGCGUCUUCCACCGGCUCGGGAGAUGGAAGGCCCCACCGAUCCAGUCCACAUUCGUCCGGGGCAGACAGCAGACGCAACGGCACAGGUGGUAACUCCUCCACGGCAGUCUGAUGGUCCCGAGCCUAGGAUCUCAACCGCAUUCUGCCGAGGAACAAUCUAGAAGAGCUGUUACUCCACCUUACGAGCGCGAAACGACGCUUGCGGCACCUUGGAUGGGUCUCCGCCGCUGCACUCGUGGAGACUACGCCUACCCUUGUGAGGCUGUUAUGUGUAAAUAAAGAUGAAAGAUGAUGCCGGCUUUGUCUA